AUGGAUCAAGCUACUAACUCUUUAUAUAACUUGACUCGUGAUAGAAUUCUUGAAGGCAUUCUUGGAGAAAUGAAAAAAACUGCAUCAUAUCUGAUACUUGUGGUUGAUCAGACAUCUCUAAGCAUCCUUAAUAGCAUAGCUACUGUUUUAGAUGUGACUGAAAGAGGCAUAUCUGUGAUAGAGCAGCUAGAAAAAAGCCGAAAGCCUAUGCCAGAUAUUGAAGCGAUUUAUUUUGUAAUACCAUCCACACAUACAGUUAAACUACUUGUAGAGGAUUAUUCACAUGAGCCAAUGUACAGAUCUGCUCAUUUAUUUUUCACUUCCGAUGUAAACGACUCUCUUAUGAGAUUCAUGGCUAACUCUUCAUUGUACAACUAUGUAAAAACAUUCAAAGAAGUAAACUGCGAAUUUUCCUUGUGCGGCCAAGAUGCUUUUAGCUUAGAAAGGCCAGGAAUUUUAGGGAAUUUAUAUAUGUCGAAUCCAGACGAAAGGUCAGAUCUCAUCAUAAGCAUGGCAAAACAAGUUUCUCACAUUUGCAGCGUCCUCAAAGAGCUUCCAUCAGUCUGCUACCAAAGCUCUAGUCCCCAAGCUCGAGAACUUGGCCUAGAAAUUGAGCAGCAAAUAGAGCUUCUCUAUAGAAAACUCCCAGAAUUUGAAAUAAACGACAAUAGAGCCACUUUAAUAGUUUUGGAUAGAAAAUUUGACAUGACGACUCCAAUAGCCCACGAUGUUCAUUAUGAAGCCAUGCUUAAAGACUUAUUAAAUGUGUCACACGAUGGAAAAGUAAAAUAUGAAUCUUCUGAUAAUUCGAAUGUUAAGACAGUUAAAGAUGCUGUAUUAAAUGAAAUAGACCCUUUAUGAGUAAAAUAUAGAUAUGAAGAAGUUGAUGAUGCCCAAAAAAUUUUAGGGACAGAUUUACAAGAAUUUAGAGCCCAAAAUCAAGAAAUUGAAGUAGCACAGCAGCAGCAAGAAAUUGAUGACAUGAAAGUGGCUGCAAAAGUAGUUAGCAACUUGUCGGAGUACAAUGACAUGGUAUCUCGGUUUGCACUGCACAGCUUUUUGAUUGAUAAAUGCCUCCAGCAGUUUAUAAACGCCGGGAUUAAAGAAAUAACUGAAAUUGAACAGAUUUUAAUGACAGGGAUCGAUACACAAAAAAAUGAAGUAAAAGAAGACAAAAUAAUUGAAAGAAUUGUCAGACUUAUUUCCACCCUCUCAAAUCCUAAAGAAAAGCUUAGACUGUCCAUUUUGGCUACCAUUGCUAUGGAUUUAAAAGAAAGAGACAGAAAAGCGAUCACUGAGCAUUUGAGUGCCAACCAAAUAAUGAUUUUGACUAAGCUGCAACAUCUAGGAAUUGACUUGCAAAACCAAUUGACGAAUAAGACUAUGAAAAGGAUCGAUAAAGAGUCUGUAAAAUUAUUGAAAAGUAAAAUUACCGAAAUUCAGAAAAUCUUUUGUUAUGCGGUGCCAAAACUUUCAGAAAUUUUGGAUUUAGGGUUAAAUGGGCAGCUGGAUCCGAAUAUUUUUGAGUUUGGGAGAAAAGGAGGGCCAAGCUUUAUUGAACAGCGUGAAGCAGCUGUGGGGUCUUUAAGAAGGAAAUCGGCCUUACCAAGAAACUCUGUUCAUAGCAAAAGGGUUAUCAUUUUUAUAUUAGGAGGAGUAAGUUUAGCUGAGCUUAGAUUUGUAAAAAGCCAUCCUGAAGCCCACAUCAUUAUUGGUGGAAGUCGAGUUAUGACCCCAGACGAGUUCAUCGAUGAUAUCUCUAAUAUUGACAAAAAGUCAAAACCUGAAGAAGAAAAACUUGACCAUGACGAGAUACACAUCGAUUUAGACUUUAGGUAA